GCGGCGUUUACUUCUUCCGAUUCACUACAAAUUUUCCUUCCAAACUCGCCUAAACCAAGAAGAAACGAAACCCAGAAACCAUGACCUUCAGGUUCUUCGAUAUGAUCUCAAGUUUAAAGCUUUUGAUCCUGUUUUGUGCGGUUAUGCUACCUUUUGCGGUUUCUCAAUCCGCUGUAGCACCGUCUCCGGCGGCGGAUUCAUGUAAUGGGGUGUUUGUUUCUUAUGUCUAUGGCACUGGAUCGCAAUUGAAGCCCACUAAUGCGACGCACCAGCCGUACCGGUUCGCGUCAACGUUGACGGUGCUGAACAACGGGGAUGAGGAGCUGAAAUCCUGGAAUGUUUUUGUGGGGUUCAAGCACGAUGAGCUGUUGGUGUCGGCGACGAAUGCAGUUCUGACUGAUGGGAGUAGUUUGCCGGCAAGUGUUGGGAACGGGACUACUUUUUCUGGGUAUCCGACGACUGAUCUGAAAACGGCGAUUGAGACUGCUGGAGAUGUGACCCAGAUGCAGGUUCAGGUUCAGCUUGUCGGAACGCAGUUCGGUGUGGCGCCCCCUGCUGUGCCCAUGCCGUCUACUAUUCAACUUGCCAAUGACGGCUUUCAGUGUCCUGCUGCUUCUCUACAAGGCACAAAUGUGAUGCAAGUCUGUUGUACCAAAAACCCCAAUUACAAGUCAAAUCUUACAGGAGCUGAUGAGUUCCUUCCCCGGCAAAGUGGUGAUCUUACAAUCAUGUAUGAUGUUAUCAGAACAUAUGAUUCGAAUUACUGGGCACAAGUUACAAUUGCAAACCAUAAUCCAAUUGGGCGUCUUGAUAAUUGGAAGUUGAGCUUCGAUUGGAUGAGCGAAGAAUUUAUCUAUACCAUGAAAGGGGCUUAUCCAUAUGUAGUUGAUGCAUCUGAGUGCUUAUUUGGUCCACAAGGAACUUACUAUCAGUCUCUAGACUUUGCUAAUGUUUUGAAUUGUGAAAGAAGGCCAACCAUUAUUGACCUGCCUCCAACAAAGUUCAAUGAUACAACCCUUGGACAGAUCCCUUCAUGUUGCCGAAAUGGUACUAUCUUGCCACCAACCAUGGACCCAAGCAAGUCAACUUCAUCAUUUCAGAUGCAGGUGUAUAAAAUGCCUCCAGAUCUCAAUCGUUCAGAGCUCUCCCCGCCUCAAAACUGGAAUAUCAAUGGAACCCUGAACCCUGAGUAUGCAUGUGGCCAGCCUGUACGGGUUAGCCCUAGCCAGUUUCCAGAUCCAAGUGGCUUGCCAUCAAAUACAACUGCAUUUGCCAGUUGGCAGGUGGUUUGCAAUAUUACACAGCCCAAGGGGGUGAGCCCUAAAUGCUGCGUGUCAUUUUCUGCAUACUACAACGAAUCAGUUAUUCCCUGUGGAACUUGUGCAUGUGGGUGUUCCAGCAGCACGACUAGUACUUGUAGUACUACUGCCUCAGCUAUGCUUCUUCCAUCCGAGGCACUUCUUGUUCCAUUUGAGAACCGUACUGACAUGGCCAAAGCUUGGGCUGAUCUUAAACACCUGCCAGUGCCUAAUCCAUUGCCUUGUAGUGACAAUUGUGGGGUCAGCAUCAACUGGCAUGUUUACACAGACUAUACUAAUGGAUGGAGUGCAAGAAUCACUCUUUUCAACUGGGAUGAAACUGCUUUUGCUGAUUGGUUUGCUGCAGUAGAAUUGGAUAAAGCAGCCGCUGGUUUUGAGAAAACAUAUUCAUUCAAUGGAAGUCUCUUGAGUAAUGUUGACAACACCAUAUUCAUGCAAGGCCAACCAGGGUUGAACUAUCUUACAGCAGAAACAGCCGGAGCUAACCCAUCUAAGGAUCCUCCAGUGCCUGGAAAACAACAGUCAGUUAUCUCAUUUACCAAGAAAACUACCCCCGGAAUUAAUGUGGCAGCAGGUGAUGGGUUCCCAACAAAAGUGUUCUUCAAUGGAGAGGAGUGUGCACUUCCUUCAAUACGUCCUACUGGCAGCAGUAAUAGAAAGGGCCCUGCUAUAAUCCUUUCAAUCUUCUUAGCACUUGUGGCAUUCAUAUUGAUGCAGCAAUAGUCAGGGCAAGGCACUGCCUGGUUUCACUGGUCAUCCCAAAGUUGUAUUCUUCAUGUGUCUGCAGCAACUUACUGCUUGGUUUUGCUUGCAGCUGAUGCUGAUUUGUUCAUUCUUUCAGAGAUUUAAUAUUACUUGCUCAGCAAUGUGGUUUGUCAUUACCGCAGACGCCCACGCCUUGAUUCGUAUAUAGAUGAUGCCAUUGAUUUUAUAGUUAUGUCUAGGCUUCUUGUUUAUAGUCAUAUUCAGAAAUGCUGAUAGACACAUACACAUUGUGACUUUGUAUAACACUAUUGUUGGAUGCAUAUAAUUUGUGGACAGUCUGAUUAUCUUUCAAUUUUCACCACCCCUUCUCCUGAAUUUUGUGAUGGUCCCUAAAAGUUUUCAUUGUCACUCAUUUAUGACAUAGUUAUUGAAUGAAGACAAAGAAUUGAA